AUGCUGCAUAAUUUGACGCUCAAUCCACCGCGGAAUCCGCCCAUCGAAUAUGAUGAGCAUUUGCAGGAAUUGAGUGAUAAUGUUUGCAGGAUCAACGCUGUUGUAAUCCGAGCUAUCAGUCUAAAUACCGCUCCUACUUCUUCUCUAAUAAUCCCGCAAUAUGAAAUGUUAGUGGUGGGAAAGAAUAAUGGAGAGAUAGUUUUCGUACCUUAUAACGUCGACCCGAGCCAUGAUUCCCGAAGAACUGUGGCUUCAGUGAAAAACAGACAACGUAUAAAAUCGCCAAUCACGGCGCUAGCCAUUGGAAGGAGAUCCAGCCAGCAUCCUGAUGAAGAAAUCGUAUCCAUCUCAGGAAAUGGGUUCUUGCAAGUGAUACAACCGCCUCCGUUGGAUUCUAAUAUUGAGCCGGAAGUCGUGCACACCCAGAUGAUUCACGCAAACAUCAUGAGCGCCUAUUUUCACGCCGUUGAAAAACGACAUCACAUGGAGCUGGUGGUGGUGAUGACGGAUCGAGUUGUCCGGACCUAUCGAUGGGAUGACGAGUUACGACGCUUUGCUGCUGUUGGCAAAUGGGAGCUGACAGGACAAAUAACUGCAGUGGCUAUUGGAGAUGCUCCACUCUCUGGCCCGGAAUGCUGGGCGAAGCUUCACCAAUCCGUUCGAUACGUCAGUUGCCGGUUGGGAACAAAGAAAUCGGUCGAGGUCCAACAGAUGAAAAGCGAUCGCGCCGAGCGUUCGCUGAUAAUGCCCUAUCGCUGCUACUUUGUCGACAUUUUUGAGCCAAAAAUUCAGGAAAUUGUGAUUUUGGCAAAUAUGAGAGAACGGAAGCUUUUCACACCCUCUAAAGAACUAGCCGCUGCCGCCACGUUGCGAUUACAAACCUACAGUAUCCUAACGAUAAUUGACAAGUUCGGAAUUGUAUUUAUUUAUGCGUAUAAUGAGAAGACGAUCAAGAAGCUUCUUCUACCUCCAAUAAUUCGUUUCACCUCACUACCGGAAUGCGUUAAUAUUUCCAUAUGCCAUCACAACAAUUGCUUGGUGAUUGCCGUCACGGCACAUUCUAAAAAAGUCCAAAUCCAUACCGUAUCCAUGGAUUUUAUUGUCGAUUUGAUGGCGGAGAUGGAGGCGAAUUCAGCCGCUGAAAUUGAGACGCUACGAAAGGAAUCUGUUUCUUUGUUGGAAACGAUACCUUCGUCCCUC